AUGUCCCAGUUUCUUCUUAGAGGUGUCACAGUCAUAGAAUUAGCAGGGUUGGCCCCAGGGCCACUUUGUGGGCAAAUGUUAGCAGAUUACGGUGCUCGAGUUAUCCGGAUUGACAGAACAUCUGUUUCAGUGAACCCUGAUCAAUUGACCCGAGGGAAGCAAUCAGUUGCUUUAGAUCUUCGCAAUCCAAAAGGCCAAGAGGCAUUGCGAACAAUGCUAGAGUCAGAUAAGGUAGAUGUUCUAAUUGACACGUAUCGACCUGGAGUUCUAGAGCGACUUAAUAUUUUACCGCAACAACGAUUAAACGGAAAAGAGCCAUUAGUAGUAGCCAGACUAACAGGGUAUGGACAAACUGGUGAACUUUCAAACUUUGCCGGUCAUGAUAUAAAUUACCUUGCAGCUUCUGGUGUAUUAGGUAUUGUAGGACCUCCAAAUAAACCUCAAGCGGUACCAGCCAAUAUCCUUGGUGAUUUUGCAGCUCUUUCUCUACCUGGAUUUGCAGCAAUUGUGACAGCACUCUUUAGUGGGCUAAAGAAUAAAAACACUAAAGCCAAUAAUAGUCCUUACACACUCGUGGACGUUAAUAUUGUCGAUUCCCUUAAAUACCUUGCUCAAUUUGCGACAUACUCUAAAUUUGGCCCAUAUGAUCCAAAGAAUCCUCAAGGAAGUGAUGAACCAAUUAUCAGUAUUGUUCCUUGGAAUCAACCUCGUGGCUUAAAUGUUUUAGAAGGUCAUUCAUGCCCCUAUUAUACUGUUUAUGCUACUAAAGAUGCUAAUGAAAACGUGACAGUUGGAGCAUUAGAGCCACAAUUUUACCAACAGUUUUUGGAAAUGGUUGUUGGCAAGGAUGAGGCUGCUAAACUUCCUAGUCGUGAUUCACCAGCAAACUGGCCCAUUCUUAAAGACAUUUUUGCAAAAAAAUUUAAAGAGCAUGGAAUAGAGUAUUGGAAAAAACAAGCUCUAAAAUAUCCUGAUAGCUGCGUCAUGCCUAUUUCCCCCCUGGCACAUUCAUCGGAAAUUCCAAAUCAAAUUGUCCAGUUUGAUACACAAAAGAAAGAUAUUCCUGGAGGACAGCUUUUAACCCCUGGGAAAGAUACAAAUGCAGUUUUAGAGGAGUUUUUGGGUGGCUCAUGGAAAUCCAAAUAUGGAUCUGAGUUUUCAAAGCAAGCAAAACUUGAAAAGAUUUGA